AUGCAAGAUGAGCUAGACGUAUUUUUAGAAGAAGCUUCAAUUGCUUUGAAAUUAGCUGAAGAAGGACACGAUGUAAGUCAUUUGGCUGAAAAAUUAAUGGAACAAGCUGAUAUGAUCAGCGAAGUGCCAUCGGAAAGUAUCGAUCCUCAUUUUCUGUCAAAAAGUUUAGCGAAAUUGGCAGGAACUUCUCCAAAUGUCUCGUUUACAAAAUAUGAUUAUUCAAAGUCACCAAGUUUUCGGUACCGAUCGCCAAGAAUACCAAGUUUAGAAGAAGAUCUUGAAGAAGUUGAAGAAAACGGGAGAAGAUUAGAAGAAGAGAGAAAAAUUUUAACGGAGAAAGUCACACAAACUAAUUCUCCUCGAUUCGAAGUGCCACUUCGUUACAUCGUCUCAGCGUCAGUGAAAAUGCACACGUUGGACAUAAAAACGACUGUAGGACUGAUCGCAUGUUGCGAAUGCGGAGUUGCCAUCGAGCCGAAUCCGGCAAACAUGUGUAGUGGAUGUCUGAGGUCAAAAGUCGAUAUCACUGAAGGAAUCACGAGGACAGCCACUAUCUACAUGUGCAAGUUCUGCGACAGAUACUUCGUACCGCCUAGUGCUUGGAUGCGUGCUGAACUCGAAUCGAAGGAGCUUUUAUCGAUUUGCUUGAAAAAAAUGAAACCAAUGCUUACUAAAGUUCGUUUAACUGAUGCUUGCUUUGUUUGGACUGAAGCACAUUCAAAAAGAAUUAAAGUGAAGUUGACUGUUCAAAAAGAGGUGUUCACGAACACAAUUCUUCAACAGGCGGUGGUUGUCGAAUUUUCUGUUCAGAGUCAGUUGUGUGAUGAUUGUCGACGCGCUGAGGCUAAAGACUUCUGGAGAGCUUGUGUGCAAGUACGCCAACGUGCCGAAUUCAAGAAGACGCUCUUCUAUCUUGAGCAGCUCUUGCUCAAGCACAGUGCACACAAGGAAUGCACAGGAGUCAAGCCGGUUCCUACCGGUAUCGAUUUUUUCUUUGCCAAACAACAAGAAGCACGCAAAUUCGUCGAUUUCCUAAUGACAGUUUUGCCAUGCAAAUAUCACUAUGCGCAGGAACUUGUAUCUCAUGACACAAAGAACAACACAUAUGAUUACAAACACACAUUCUGUGUAGAAAUUGUGCCGAUUUGCAGAGACAAUAUUGUUUGCCUACCAAAGAAAGCUGCUCAGCAAUACGGAAACAUGUCGCAGAUUGUAUUAUGUCUUCGCGUUUCCAACGUCAUCACCUUGAUUGAUCCGAAUAAUCUGCAAAUGGUCGAUGUUCAAGCGACAACGUUCUGGCGAGAGCCAUUUGAGGCACUUUGUGGUCCCAAGCAACUCACCGAGUUUUACGUUCUUGAUGUCGAUGUAAUUGAUAAUUUCGAGAGAAAAGCUGGUCAUGGUUUUGUGAGCAAGAAGCAUCAGCUUGCGGAUGUUUGGCUAGUACGGAGUGACCAAGUCGGAAUGUCGGAUGCUGAAACGUUAUCGGCUCGAACUCAUUUGGGGCACUUACUCCAACCAGGAGAUCUUGUUUUGGCGUUUGACAUAAAAAAUUGCAAUGUGAACAACUCAACUUUUGAUGCGAUGAAUACUGACAACAUUCCUGAUGCAAUUAUUGUCCGCAAGGUGUUUGACAAGACUAAACGAGCAGCGAAACGAGUUUGGAAACUUAAGAGAUUGGUUGUGGACGGAAAUAUUGUUGGAAAUGAGACGGCUUCGGUUGCUGAUGAAUUCCAAGGGUUCAUGGAAGAUAUUGAAGAGGAUGUUCUCAUGAGAGAAAAAAUUAAUAUCUACAAGGAUGAGGAUAAAAUGAAACAAGUACCAAUGGUUGAAGCCGACGAUGAUGUGAUUCCGGAUGCUCCAACUCUCGCCGAAAUGCUCGAUGACUUGAAUAUGGAAGACGAAGACAUGAAAGAUGCUGAGGCUGAGAGCGAUGAUGAAGAAAUGCAAGAGUAA